AUGGAUGUUAGCAGCAAGGAGGCUCUGAUAGAGGCCCCUCCGGACUACACUCCCGUCCCCAGGAUCCCCUGCCUCUCCCCUCACCUCAAGAGACUCUUGAUCAUCAUGGUGGUGGUUGUGAUCAUAGUCUUGGUUGUGCUGGGUUUCCUCCUGAUGGGACUGCACAUAUCCGAGAAGCACACAGAAACGGUUUUGCGAAUGACUAUCCAGGGCCUGGAUGGGGAAGGGUCCCUGCAGCAGCUCUCCAUGAGUGGGAAAGAAAGGACAGGGACUUUCCACAUCAAGGCAGGGAUCAAUUCUUCAGCCACUGUCGUGUACGACUACCACCACCUGCUGAUCUGCUUCAAAUCCUGGCAAGGCCGAGCCUGCUACAUCACCAAGAUGGACAAGGAGAACAUUCAGGGCCUGGAUACCAUUGCCAAGGUGUUCCAGCAUCUCCAGGUGAGCAGCUCGGAAUGCACACUCAGUGUGAGCUGUGCCGGGUCUGUGCUGGCAGCUGUGGGUUCUGGGACAGUGGAAGAAGAGGAGAAAGCUCAAGGCCAACUGUUGGAAUGCCUGCAAGAGAUCAGCUCUUGGAUGAAGAGCAGCUGGGCCCACUUUGGCGAGACCAAAGUGAUGCUGGUCGGAAAGGGGAAACGCUUUGGAGAACUGGUCGAGGCAGUGUCUCCACCUUCCAUUGAAGGCUCCAUUCAUCAGAGAGAUGUGACCCCUGGAACUGUUGGACUCCUUGCUAAGCUUGGAAGAUUGGGUCCCCUAUUUAAGUCUCUCUCUGCCCUACACACUGAGGAGAUGUCCAAGUGGCACAGGAGAAGCAGCAAGAUGGAAAUCAGCAUCGAGGAGGCUCUGAUUGAGGACCCGCUGCACUACAAUGCUCUGGAUUCAGAGAUGGACCUCUGCCCCAGCUGCACUGACUGCUGCCCCAGCUGCCCCAGCUGCACUGACUGCUGCCCCAGCUGCCCCAGCUGCACUGACUGCUGCCCAGGCUGCCCCAGCUGCAAGUCCUGCUGCAGCUGCUGGAAACGUGUCUUCUGCUGCCUCCCUAAGCUACUCUGCCGUCUGCCCAAGCUCCCUGGCUGCCCCCUGCACAUCAAGAGAAUCCUAAUCAUCGUGGUGGUCAUUGUGCUGAUAGUUGUGGUCGUCCUGGGAGCCCUGCUGCUGGGACUGCACGUGACCCAGGAACACACUGAGACUGUUUUGCAAAUGACCAUUGAGGGGUUGGAAGGGGAAGAGUCUCAACUGCGGCUCUCCAUGGACUGGGAAGAAGAGGUGGCGACUUUCCACAUUGAUGCAGGAACCCAUGACCCGGGCACAGUGGUGUACGACUACAGUAAUCUGCUGAUCAGCUACAAAUCCUGGCAAGGCCAAGCCUGCUACAUCACCAAGAUGGACAAGGAGAACAUUCAGGGCCUGGAUACCACUGCGAAGGCAUUCCACCAGCAUCUCCAGCUCAAGUCGCUCAUCCCGACGCCUGAGCAGGGUGAGGAGGAGGAGGAGGAGGACAAAGGGUUUCCUAUGCCUCUGGCUGAUCGCUCCAUCCUGGGCACUACAAUUAACAUCCUCUGCAGCAACGUUCCUAUCUACUGGGCUUAGCAAGGCCUC